GUAGACGGUGAUAGAAGCGUCGCUGCGCCUUUCACGUUUUAGAGACUUUUUAGAAGAGAAUAUUACUAAAAAUGCUGUACGAGUUAUUUUUUCGCUAUAAAAUACAAUGAAUUUUAGAAUCGACUAAGUGAUGGUUUUACAUUGAACUAGACAACAAUUAAUUUGUUCGUGUUAGUGUUGGCAGCGAGUGGAACAUGUCGCGAUACGGUGGUCAACCGCCACCAGCCCAUUCGCGGCACAAUAUCGGUAUUAUUCCCCCCUCUCCCCUGGCAGAGGACGUAAGUGAAGGAUUUGACUAUCCUCCACCUCCUGAAGACUUUCCUAUACCUGAAGAUCACGAGUACAGCGGCGACGCACGACAAUCUUAUGUCUAUCCUCCACCUCCCUACUUGACGAGCCAGGCCCUAGACCCAGACUCAACUUAUUCUCGUCUGGACCACUACCAGUCGAGAAAGAGAAGCAUUGACUCCGGAGACUACCAUUUCACUGAGCCAAGUCAGGAUGCCUAUAGAACGUCUGCUUAUAGUUCAGAUUUCCCGGCUCCCCCACCCCCGCACGAAUAUCCUAAUCGUUAUUCGGGAUCUUCUUCAGUGUCGGCAAACAGCCACCGACAGCGUGCUAGCCGAUAUGAUCAUGAUGCUGUCCAGGACAGGUACUCUAGCGACCACCGAAUCAGUUCUUCAUCGUCUGUAGGGGCAUGGGUCAUGGGUCAAGAAAUGCCUCCGGGGCAGCACCCGAGCGCGAGACGGCCGAGCGAGUACGAGCUCAGGAAGCAGAGCAGCCUGGCCACCUCCACCUACUCCGUGGACCGAAAACAGUUCACCGACUCCAGAACAUAUUCAAAAAUUAACAUGGAGGAAAAACUUCUGACUAAUAGUCAGCCCAGUUUGAUGAGGCGAUCAUCUGAGGCUGCGGUGCUGGCGCGCCUGUCCAUGAGCGGCGACAACCUACCCUCCCACAUGGCAACGCUACCACGCCUUAGUGGUGUCGGUAUACCACCAUCACCCGACCCUCGCGACCACGACCAACGCUCGUUCCACCAAAUGGCCAACCACUACGGAACUUUGUCCCGCAACACUCGUCGACCCUCGCAACCAACAUCCAGAAUGCAAGAUUUGGCUGUCAUCGAGAAGUAUGGCACUGUUCGGAAAGGUUUUCAUUUCAAGCUCGACCCCUCCGAAAUGGUUGAAGACAUUUCGCCAAUUAAAAUGACGCCCACUGAGAACAUCUUGGACAAGCAGAUUCUGAAGAAGAACGUUGCUGUGAAGACUCCGUCACUCAUCACCGGGGAAGGCAAUGCAGUGUGUGUCAAGAUGGCUGGCGAACGCGUCUCCCUUGAUGACGCUCUCAGUAAUGUGGACGUGCUGGAUGACUUGCCAUUAUCUGACCAGCAGCCAAUGGUUGAAGCUCAGUCCUGCUCUGUGGUCUACACUGCCAACUUUGACACUAAUUUCGAAGACAGAAAUGCAUAUGUCACUGGCAUUGCCAAGUAUAUGGAAGAAGCAGCUACUCAUGCUGAACUGAACAAGCUGCUUGAGGAAGGAGAGCAGCACGCUGUUAUGCUGUACACCUGGCGCUGUUGCAGUCGUGCCAUCCCUCAGCCUAAGAGCAAUGAACAGCCCAACAGGGUCGAGAUAUAUGAGAAAACUGUCAAGGUGCUCUCUGAAGAAGUCAAGAAGCUCACAAAGUUUAUGAAAUUCCAGCACAAAGCCAUUGAAGUGUUCUGCAACCAAGUCAAACGUUUGUGUCAUCAAGAAAAGCGGAAAGAUUUUGUCUCUGAAGCCUACCUCUUGACUCUGGGCAAGUUCAUCAACAUGUUUGCUGUUCUUGAUGAACUGAAGAACAUGAAAUCCAGUGUUAAAAAUGACUACUCAACCUAUCGAAGAGCUGCUCAGUUUCUGAAGGUUCUGAGUGACACGCAGAGCUUACAGGAGAGCCAGAACCUGAGCAUGUUCCUAGCCACGCAGAACAAAGUUCGCGACUCGCUGAAAGAAAAGCUGCAGACAAUAGGGGCCCAUGAAGAACUACUCUGCGAGGUGGUGAAUAUCUCGGUGCACAUGUUUGAGAACAAGAUGUACCUGACGCCAAAAGAGAAGCAGAUGCUCGUGAAGGUUAUGGGAUUUGGACUCUUCCUGAUCGACUCGGACGGCUGCAACAUCAACAAACUUGAUCAGAAGAAAAAGAUUCGUAUUGAUAAAAUCGAUAAGAUCUUCAAGAACCUGGAGGUGGUGCCCCUGUUUGGGGACAUGCAGAUCGCUCCCUUCAACUACAUAAAGCGCAGCAAGAACUUUGAUGCAAAGCUGUGGCCGCUGUGCAGCGCCUCGACCAUCAGCCCUCAGGCUAGCCUCAUGUGCCACCUGCCACGCAUCAGAGAGGAGCACAUCAAGUACAUCUCUGACCUUGCCCGCUACAGCAAUGAGGUAAUCACAACGUACAAAGAGACGGCGCGCACGGACGCGGAGAACAGAGACAUCAGCGACCUGGCGCAGCGCGGCCUCAUGCUGCUCAGCGACUGGACCAGCGUUGUCACCGAGGUCUACUCCUGGAAGCUCCUGCACCCCACCGACCAUCAUGCCAACAAAACCUGUCCUAUUGAUGCAGAGGAGUAUGAACGGGCUACGCGCUACAACUACAGUCCUGACGAGAAGUUUGGUCUCAUCGAAGUGAUCGCCAUGAUCAAAGGGCUUCAGGUGCUCAUGGCUCGCAUGGAGAUCGUCUUCCUAGACUCCAUCAGGAAGAACAUUUACCAGGAACUGCAGGACUUCGUGCAGCUCACGCUCAGAGAUCCGCUGCGCAAGGCAGUCAAGAACAAGAAGGAGCUGCUCAGGAGCAUCCUGGUGUCGGUGAGGGAGACAAGCGCGGACUGGAUCAAGGGCUACGAGCCCAGCGAGGACCCCGCACUCAAGGGCAAGAAGGAUCCCGACCAAGGAGGCUUCGAGAUCAAAGUUCGGCGUCGUAACGUCGGCCCGUCGUCGACGCAGCUGUACAUGGUGCGCACUAUGCUUGAGUCGCUCAUCUCGGACAAGUCUGGCGGCAAGAAGACUCUACGCAAGGAGAUGGACGGGCAACACCUGGUCCUUAUAGACGAGUUCCACAAGACUUCUUUCAUCUGGAGCUACCUGCUCAACUUCAGCGAAACGCUGCAACAGUGCUGUGACCUGAGCCAGCUGUGGUACCGUGAAUUUUACCUGGAAAUGACCAUGGGGCGACGCAUCCAGAAAUGUACCGUGGACCACCAGCACAAUGAAGAGUGCAGGGAUAUUGAAGUCAUGGAGAAGCGAACUCAGUUCCCCAUCGAGAUGUCCAUGCCAUGGAUCCUCACUGACCACAUCCUGCGCACCAAAGAUGCCUCCAUGAUGGAAUGCGUGCUGUACCCCCUGGACCUCUACAAUGACUCUGCUUACUACGCACUCACGCACUUCCGUAAGCAGUUCCUCUACGACGAAAUCGAGGCCGAAGUUAACCUUUGUUUUGAUCAGUUCGUCUUCAAACUCAGCGAACAGAUCUUCACGUAUUACAAGCAGCAGGCUGGCAGUAUUCUGCUGGACAAGCGCUUCCGCACCGAGUAUUGCCUCCACACGCCCAAAAUGCCGAACCCGACAACUAACAGGUACGAGUCUCUGCUGAAGCAGCGUCACGUGCAGCUGUUGGGGCGCAGCAUCGACCUCAACAAGCUCAUGUGUCAGCGCAUCAACGUGGCCCUCCUCACCUCCCUGCAGACCGCCAUCGCGCGCUUCGAGGCCGCCGACAUCACCUCCAUCGUGGAACUGGAAGGCCUGCUCGAAGUAAAUCGCUUGUGCCACAAACUGCUGCGCCAGCACCUCGCCCUCGACGACUUUGAUGCUCAACUACGAGAGGCGAACCACAGCGUGCUAGCGCCCUACGGCCGCACUACGCUGCACAUCUUCUGGGAACUCAACUACGACUUCCUGCCCAACUACUGCUACAACGCUGCCACUAACAGGUUCGUGCGCACCGUCGUGCCGUUCGGGGACUCUGCCCAGAGGGAGAAGGCGCCCAACGCCCCCGCCUACCUGGUGUGGGGCAGCAAGACUCUCAACAACUUCUACUCUGCCAUCUACUCCCAGUACUCAGGAUUCCUGGGUCCGCCUCACCUGCGGGCGAUGGUGCGAGUUCUUGGCUACCAGGGCAUCGCGGUGGUCAUGCAGGAGCUGCUGGAAAUAAUCCGGUCGCUCAUACAAGGCAGCAUAUUUCAGUACAUCCAAACACUGCAGGACGUCAUGCCUAAAGAAAUGAAACUUCCGCGAUACGACUACGGCUCCGUUGGCGUGCUUGGAUUUUACCAGGCUCAUCUACAAGACAUCAUCAGCUAUGCAGAUGCGCGCACUGAACUCUUCCACCAGUUCAGGGAGAUGGGAAACGCCCUUCUCUUCUGUCUGCUGAUCGAGCAGAGCCUCACGCAGGAGGAAGUGUGCGACCUGCUGCAGGCGGCGCCGUUCCAGAACAUUUUGCCCAGGCCUUUCUGCAAAGAGGGAGAGAAACCUGAGACCAAACAGAAGCGGUUGGAGGCCAAAUACGCUCCUCUGCAGGUGGUCACCAACAUCGAACGACUUGGCAGCACAAAGCAAGCAAUGAUUGCUCGUGAAGGAGACCUGCUGACCAGAGAACGCCUGUGCUGUGGCCUCUCCAUCUUUGAGAUGAUCCUUAACAGGAUCCAGCCGUACCUUGAGGAUCGUAUCUGGCACGGCGAACCUCCAACAAACGGCGUCAUGAACGUUGUUGACUGCACAGAGUUCCAUAGGCUGUGGUCUGCCUUACAGUUCAUCAUGUGCAUUCCUCUCGCCCAGAACAAUUAUACAGUCGAGGAAAUGUUUGGCGAGGGUCUGAACUGGGCUGGUUGCUGCAUGGUGCUGCUACUGGGCCAGCAGCGCAGGUUUGAGGCGCUCGAUUUCUGCUACCAUCUCGUGCGCGUUCAGAAGGUCGAUGGUAAAGACGACAACGUUAAAGGAAUUCAUCUCGUUCGCAUGUGCGACCGCAUUCGCCGCUUCCAAGUGCUCAACUCUCAAAUUUUUGCCAUCUUGAACAAAUAUUUGAAGACGAGCGAUCCUGACAUGCUGCCCGUAGAGCACGUGCGCUGCUUCCAGCCUCCCAUGCAUCAGAGUCUCGCUGCUCAGGUCUCCCAGCGGCCUGAUCAGGCCCACUAAAAGGCUGCUGGCAUCGCCCAGCACCACCUGCUGCUUAACUCGUGUAGCCCUGUGUAGGUACUGACCUGCCCAUGUGUACUUGGUCGCAAUCUGACCAAUCACGGUGUUUUGAGUGGUGAAACCUGUAAAUAUCUUUGUGCAUUUGACCCGUUAGGAAACCUUUGUACGAGAUUCCGCCUUCACUUGUGUCUGUUCAAGAAUAGUUGAAAUGCAUGCAUGUCUUAUAUUGGUUCAGCUGUGGAAAGAGAUGGGGCGUGGAUCCUAAACUAUAUUUAUGUGAAAAGUAGAAAUAACCUAUGGAAAAUUUUAUCGCGGCAUUUUAUUUUUUUCCUAAAUACUUCUUUCUUCUAGAUCCUGUUUAGCUCUUGCAUAGCUAUUAAAACUUUUCACCCGUCGAGAAAAAUCCCUUCCAUUGUGUGACUUGAAUAAAUUCAGAGAUGAGGUUGUCAACUUGAUUACGAUGACGAAUAUGUUUUGUGCAAGACACUUGCUGUAAUUUGCAAGACACUUGCUGUAAUUUGCAAGACACUUGCUGUAAUUUGCAAGACACUUGCUGUAAUUUGCAAGACACUUGCUGUAAAGAAUUCAGGACCGACGAGACAUAUUACUUAGUAGUAAGAAGUCAUAGAUGACUAUCUCAAGUGGAGUUCGAUUUGUUUUCUUGACCGUAUAUUUUCUAGACUUGUAUCUUGAAUGUUAUGUAGCAAAGAGCUGCUGUACUCAGUUGCAAUAAGUGGCGGAAUAAAUCCCAACUGGGGCCGAAAAUGAAUCCAAACUGGUGUUUGUGCCAUCUGUGCCAAGACACAUUUCCGCAAAUUCCGGCCACAGUUUGUUCUUCAUCGAUGGCUUAACCAUCCUUUCACUAAUACGAGAUUUUUUACUUAGUCGUUGAAUAAAUGCAUUGUUCAUGUUUUAGUUCAAUCAUCUAAGUUCAGCAUUCACACCAUUAGCUCAUUCUUAUAUUAGAUGUAUAACGUGAGCGUGAAGCCAUAGUAGAUAGAAGAGCUUGUAUCAACUGAAAACAAAGGGCGCAAAAAUGAGGCACCUUACGCCGUUAGAGCAACAUGUCUGCCUCUUCAAUUAUUAUGACUUCAUUGACUCGAUAACCAAAGUAUGUUAUAGAUUUAAUUUACUUUCAUUUGUAUUGUUCAUUGCACUUCUGUAAUUAAACUAUUGAAAAGUUC